UCAUACAAAUGUGGACUUCAUUUUAGCUUGAAAUUUCUCGCUGUGCCGCACAGGACCUUUGUUAGCAUCUUGCUCAGACUUGCCGUUCCGUGGAAGGAAACUUAAUGCUGUAUUUACGGCCACAGAUGCAGAUACUUCUGCUGAUGGUCCGUUCGUUGCCUGUCGUUGAGGUCGAUACCGAAUGGAUAUAUUUUCCGCAAAAUCAUAAACACAUUUGGUCGCUGCCGUUCUGGCUGAUUACCUAAUCUGAAGGACUAAAUGCUAAAUGUACCAUUACCUGGUAGUUUCCUAAGGUACAGUUCUAUCCCGUGAAAAACCAGCGGUACCUACUGGUCUACCUAGCCAUCCAACAGAAGGUACUUAGGUAGAGGAAGGUUAUCUGGCGAUAGUCAGCCCCGAAUCGUCGUCCGUUGAGAGCGUGAGUUUUUGAGUCUGUGAUAGUUAGACCCAGUGCCAAGUGCCCAGGAUGUUAUUCCUAGCGCCGCGCAAACAUCUGUUUGCCACCAACCUGAUCAUCCUGCUGAUGAUCUACUUGAUGCGCAAGUGCCUGCAGCUCUUCUGCAUCAUCGAGAACCGCGCCGUUCAUCCGGCCGAGGAAGAGGAGAAGGAGGUCAAGUUGCCGGAAAGGGAGAUCCUCCAGAAGCGCCGCGGCGGCUUCACCAUCAUCCCAGCUGCCAUGCACCAGAGCAUGCACGGCUUCGGCUACGGCGAGGGUCACUACCAGAUCUUUGUGGAGAAGAAGGAGCGUAACCUCCCAACCAAAUCGCGCCUUAACGCGGCCACUGCUGAAGUCAAGCUGAAUCCCAAUUAGUUAGUUGCCCGCGACCAAAGGGAACCACUGACAUCCCAGCAUGUCAAUGACAAUGUGCCAAUUGAGCCCAGCAAAGCAAAAUCAAACCCAAUCCACAAAUAUCCCUCUACAUCCAAGUCUUCUUCAAUAGUCUAAAUAAUAUCUAAUGCAUGGAACAACAAACACUUAUUUUGUACAGUCAUCAAAGCGCAUUAUUGGCCAUAAU